AUGUCGAGGAUAUAUUCACUUUCAGACUUGAGGUUCAUCAAGCCUGCAGCCCUCCGCUCGUGGUUUGACCAAGGGUGUCUGGCCACCAGUGGCAAGUUUGCUGUGGUGGACGUGAGAGACUCGGACUACGUGGGUGGACAUAUCAAAGGUGGAUACCAUUAUCCAAGUAAUACUAUUGAUGAAAAAUUACCCGAAUUACAACAGACCUUGUAUGAGAAUAAAAUCAAGGAUGUUGUAUUCCAUUGCAUGUUAUCCCAAGCAAGAGGCCCUAAAUCCAGUCUUAAAUUCUUAAGAUCCCUCAACGAUAUUGAAGACCCAUUGAAAAUUGAAUUUUUCCAGCAUGUCAAUGUAUGGGUUUUACAAGGUGGUUUUAGUAAAUGGCAGGAGUCUUACGGUGAAGACUCAAGCGUUACUGAAAGCUACGAUAAGGAUUUAUGGAAAUUUGGCAAUAUCGAUUUAUAA